ACCCUCCCGCAAAUCCCACCACAUUAAACCACCCAAAAAACCCCACAAAACCUCUCUCCUUUUCCCCUCUCUCUCUCUCUCUCCUCUCUAAUCUCUCUCUCUCUCUCUCUCUCUCUCUCUCUCUCUCUUUCUAUCUAUAUCCUUACUAGCAAGAAGAAGAUGAGCUAGACCCUCCAAUUCCAUCCUCCAUCCUACAAACGGCGUAACGGACCACCAUAACGCCGUUAAUUCAACCCCAUUCCAAAAACAUCACCAUUUCAGUCACGUGCGUCAUAAAAAAAAACCCACUCAUCUCAUCUCUUCUCUUUAAUUAAUUAAUAAUUAUUAUUUAUUUUUUAAAAAAAGUCUUUUAUUUAUUUAUGGCUUUGGUGCAAGCGACGAGCAUUCCCGCGAGCGCCAACACCGUUGACGGCGAGACUAACGGCGCUGUCACCGUUCUGCCUGUUCCGCCGUCAACAGACGGCGCCGGCGGAGACGACGGCAGCCGAGCCCCAAGGCUCCCCCGGUGGACUCGGCAAGAGAUCCUCGUCCUCAUACAGGGCAAGCGGGUCGCCGAGAGCAAGGUCCGGAGGAUCCGAACAGCCGGAGGAGCCGCCUUCGGGUCGGGUCAGGCCGUCGAGCCCAAGUGGGCCUCCGUCUCCUCCUACUGCCGGAUGCAUGGCGUCAACCGUGGCCCUGUCCAGUGCCGGAAGCGGUGGAGCAACCUCGCCGGAGAUUACAAGAAGAUUAAGGAGUGGGAGUCGCUGAGGAAGAACGACCCCUCCGACUCCUUCUGGGCGAUGAGGAACGAUCUCCGGCGAGAGAGGAAGCUCCCUGGAUUCUUCGACAAGGAGGUCUACGAUAUUCUCGAUUCCGGCGCCAACCAGCCGGUGGCGUCGGGGGCGGAGGCGGAGACUCCGGUUCCGGUUCCGGCGGCGGAGGAGGAGGAGACGGGAGUUAUGUUCGAUAGCGGGAGGGGUGCGACGGCGGAGGACGGAAUGUUCUCGGAUUUCGAGCAGGAGGAGUCUGGUCGGAGCCCCGAGAAGGAGGCGCAGCCGCCUCCGGCAGUGGCCAAAGAGGUUGCUAGGGUUCCGGUGGGGAUUCCUGCUACGCCGAUUUCAGCAGGUGCGGCGGCGGCAGAAAGCGAGAAACAACCGGCAACAAAUCCCGACACAGGAGCCACCUCUCAAGAGGGAAGGAAGCGGAAACGAUCCGCAUUCGACGCAGACGAGGAAACCAGCUUACAGAAUCAGUUGAUAGAUGUGUUAGAGAGGAAUGGGAAGGCAAUGGCUGCCCACCUAGAAGCUCAGAACACCCACUUCCAACUAGACAGGGAGCAGAGGAAAAGCCAUUCUGAUAGCUUAGUAGCUGUUAUCAACAAGCUCGCAGAUGCUUUGGUCAGAAUCUCCGAGAAGUUGUAGUAUAGAUGAUAUCUCCUGAGGCAACUCACAAACUCUAGUGUACAUAACACAAAAGUUUCUCUAUUCCUCUCUCCGAGACCAGUAGAUACUAGCGGUUCAUUAUCACAAAGACCACAUUUCAGAGCGCCUUCAUAUCUCUCCUUCUUCCUCUUCUUCUUUCCUAUAUAUAUAUAUAUAUAAUACAUAUUUUUUAUUCUGUGGUGUAUAUGCCACCUUUUGUGGGCUGGCAUAUGACCAUCAUAGUGCCUAUACACACAUAACGAUUUUUAGAAAUUAUUAUAAAGGGGUUUACCACAUUUCUUCUGCUUCUAUUGUCGUAUAAUGUUAUACGUAGAUCUAUAUGGAAAUUUCUUUGUAUGUUUGCUCGAUUGUAAAGGCUAUUGAUAUAUAGAUGAGUUGCAUGUCUUACUCUUACCCAAUUAUUCUUACUUUCUGAUGUCGUAUACAUACAAUCCUCGCUCUUCAAAGAUAUGUGCAACAGUAGAGGUGAAACUUUUGUUUUCCCCUAUAAAACUAUA